UACCGUCUCUCUUCCCUCGUCUUGUUCGUCCAUCGACAACUGAACCGUCGUCGGGCCCGCAUCAACCAGGACCUCGGUAGCUACUUUGAAUCGACGCGACCCGAUAGGGCAGUGCUAGUACAAGACGCGGUCUGUUUGCCGAUAUGGGUCCACUACCACCCGCCUCGCUAAUGCUCACGUUCAUAACACUCCUGUCUCACGUCCUAUCGGUCAAAGUGCCUCAGUUCCUCUCACUUCGUGGCUGCCUUUACCGCUAUUAAGAAUUAGUGUGCUAUAUGAUGCGCACAGACGGUUCCAAGACAAUGCGCUCCGCAUUUGGUCGGUGCCACCCGUCGAACUUUCUUACACGUUCCGGGUGGCACUCUCGAAAAUCAAGCGCUUGUGCGCCUGAGAGCCUCGUGUAUGGAUCGGCGCAUUAUAGAGCUCGUCGCACGACGUACCAUCUGUCUCGGAACGGUCAGCGCGGUAGACCAACGCCCGGGUAUCAUCACCACCUUACACUCGUCGUUGACAUCGGCCUUCUCCAAGUAUUCACACCGCCUAUGCGCUAGCCGACCUUCGGAAUUGAAGCAGUUGCUUAGUCGCCUGACGCUGGGCAAGUGCACGGAGCUGACAUACAAUGUUCCUCUCCAUCGUCACUCUUCAAGCAAGCACCUUGGUGGUCUGAUCGUGUUGGAUGUCUGACGUGGACACAUUGGUGACGUGAUGGUACUGAUACACAAUGUGGAUUCGAACCUACGUCUGAAUUCGAUCGUCUUUCCUCGACUAUCCAACAUACGUACAUCCCCCUGCGACGUGCCCUCGCCUACUCUCGCAUCCCGAUCACCCCAGUUGGCAUCUCUCAUCGCCUAGACUCGUUCUCAUACAUGCUCCUGGCAGGGAAUCCUCGGAACGUCUGCCCCAUGCUCUGGCGGGCAUGGGACCGAUGCCGGGCACGAGGCAAGCUUUAUUUCUCCGCUCCCGCUACAUCCGCAGCCGCCCGCCCGUCCAAGAACAAGGGACGGUGUCGUACCAUUCCAUCGUCGAUCGAUGCGCGUUCUAGACGCAUGUUGUCCUCCCAUCUCCGUCUCUUGGACUCC